UUGGUGGGAUCAAAAAAAAAUCUUUGGAGUUAUUUUUUGUGAAUAUUAAAUUUUUAUUGUUUAGCAAUACUCUUAAAAUUAGUACCCAAACUUUUUCCUUCUCCGUUUCCCACCGUUAACUCCGUUAACUCUCCGGCGGACUUCUCUAAAUCUCUCCAAUCUUCACAAAUUUCAUUCCCAAACACAUUUUCCCCGCGAAAUUUUCGAUUAUUUUUUCUCAAUUCAUCUUCUUUCCCCCUCAAAAUCAACCUUCUUUAUCGCGAUUGAGGUUUAAUUUCAGUUUUGUGAUCCAGUGACUGAGGUAUUUAGAAUGAAAGAGGUUGUGUCUUCAUUUGAAGAUGUAAAUAGCAAGGAAGCUUUGGAUGAGAAUAAAAUGGAUAAAAGAUUUGGACUUUAUGAGAUAGUUAAACCGCCUGAAACUGGCAUGACUUUUGACUCAGCAGAUUCCCUUUAUGAGUACUACAGACAAUUUGGUAGACAAGAAGGUUUUGGAGUUAAGAAGAAAACAUCGCGUGCUUCAAUGGAUGGGAGAUCGAAAUUCGUGUGCCUUUCAUGUUCUCGUGCAGGGAAGUCGAUAUCUCAUAAACAGAAUUACCUAACACCAAAUCCGCUUACAAGAAUUGAAUGCAAGGCUAGGAUCAAUGCUACAAUACUUGAAGAUGGAAAGUGUAAGGUUAAUUCUGUUGCACUUGAGCAUAAUCAUGAAUUGAGUCCAAGUAAAUCGCAGUUUUACUUAUGCAAUCGAGAAAAAGUUAUUGGUGUGCGUCGAAAGCUUGCCCCGAGUGAUCAAACAUCGAAUGGUGUGAUAAACAAUUAUCAAUCAGUGGACACCGGGGCCUUUGAUAAUGUCACGAUGCUAGAAAACGACUGCAUGAGUUAUUUUGAGAAAGGAAGUCGACUACAACUAUUUGCGGGAGAUGCUAAAGCAAUCCAGGAAUAUUUUGUUCGUAUGCAAAUUAAGAAUUCAAAUUUCUUUUAUAUGAUGGAUAUGGAUGAUGAUGCGAGAAUCAAGAAUAUAUUUUGGGCCGAUGCACGCAGUAGGGCAUUGUACGAAGAGUUUGGUGAUGUAGUUACAUUUGACACAACAUACUUAACAAAUAAGUAUGAUAUGCCCCUUGCACCUUUCACAGGGGUGAAUCAUCAUGGUCAGCCCAUCUUGUUCGGAUGUGCAUUGCUAUCAGAUGAGAAUACGGCUACAUUCACAUGGUUGUUUAAGACUUGGCUUGCCUGUAUGUCUGGACGCGCUCCAAAUGUUAUAAUUACAGACGAGCACAACUCAAUGACAAAAGCAAUUGAUGCGGUUUUCCCCAAUACUAGACAUCGUUGGUGUUUGUGGCAGGUAAUGAAGAAGCUACUAGUGAAGUUGGAGGGUCACAAAUUGUAUGACCAAGUGAAAAUGUCACUACAAGAUGCUAUUUAUGAUUCUUUCACGAAGAAAGAAUUCGAAGAAAGCUGGGAAAGAAUUGUUAAAGAUUUGAAUCUUUGUGAUAAUUUAUGGCUAAGUAGCUUAUACAAUGAGAGGAAUCGUUGGGUUCCAGCCUUUCUAAAGGACUCGUUUUGGGCGGGAAUGUCAACCACACAACGUGAUGAAAACUCUGUUCCUUUCUUUGAUGGGCGUGUUAACUCAAAAACAACCAUAAAACAAUUUGUCGAACAAUAUGACAAGGCGUUAAGGAACAAGGUUGAGAAAGAACACCUUGCAGAUUUCCAGUGUUUUAGUACUUGGAUCCCAUGUGUAACCCUUUUCGAGAUUGAAAAACAAUUUCAGGUGGCUUACACCAAUACAAAGUUCAAAGAAUUUCAAAAGGAGUUGACUGGGAAGCUUUAUUGUGAAGUCUCUUGUAUUGACAGUAAAGAUGGAAAUUUUGAUGUUUCUGAGGUUAUGUUUGUUGGAGAUAAACGUAAACAAGUUCAUUUCAAUGUUCAGUUCAACACAGAGAAUUGUGAAGCUCAUUGUAGUUGCGGUUUGUUUCAAUUUAGAGGGAUCCUAUGCAAACAUGCGAUUUCGGUUCUCUUGAAAAUGGAAGUUAUAAAUGUACCAGAAAAGUAUAUCCUACAACGAUGGAGGAAGGAUUUGAAAAGAUGUCAUACAAGGGUCAAGGUUGGUUAUUAUGAUGAUUGGACUAGCAAUCUCGAGGCACAACGAUAUGACAAGCUACGAAAGAAAUUUGAUGAAGUUGCUGACUUAGCAGUGGUCUCUGAUGAGAAGAUGAUGCAAUUAUGGAAUUUGUUAGAUGAAAUUCAGACAAAAGUAAAAUGAGACUACUCGAUCGAUAAGUAGCAACUAACAUUGCUCGUCGUGAAGCCCCCGACUCUAUGCAUCAGGGUACUGAGCUCAUGCUUGGGAGCAGCAACAAUACCACCAGAGAUGGGUAACUUUUUUAUCUCUCUAAUUUUGUGAAUGACUUACAUAUGCUCUUGUUUUAAUUUUGUGUUUGUAUUGCUGAUUUCGGUUUUUUGCUAAAAAGAGGCUAAAGAUGGAACCUUUUAUGUGCAUAUAGUGCAGAAUCAUAUCAGUUGUUAAAAAGCAAUAGAAAAGAAAUAUUUUAGAGGACAUGUGAACUCUUGUCUGUAAAUAUUAAAGAGAUGUUUGUUUUGUGGUGUUGAUGUAGAUGUAUUAAUAUGUUGAUGAUCUCUUUAAAGUA